AUGGCUCCUGGUAUGCUCCCCACUCCCGCAAAGACGCCGCGCAAGCGUCGCAUCGAAGACGUCAGCUCGACCGCGCGCGUAUUGUUCCCCGCCAACCGACCUUCAACCAUCGACGAAGCCAUGCCGACCCCGCGCAAGGGCCGCAAGACCAAGAACCUCUACACUCUAGAGAGCUUCGCCCAGCAGAUGGACGAGAACACCGAAAAGAUUCCCAUCUACACUGACUCCAAGGAGCGCGUACCCACUCCCGGUGCCCAGACUGAAGACAACCCAUUCAUCACCGUCAAGGGCAAGGGCAAGGCAAAGGCUGCUCCCCAAAAGUCAAGGAAGGUCGUCGACCGAAAGACUGCCAAGAUGGAGGCGGCUGUCGACCGUGACGAGGGCAUGGUGUACAUCUUCCGGGGCCGCAAGGUCUUCCGCAAGUUCCACGACGACGCACCCUCCGGCGCCUCAGCGGCAGAGGAAGACGAUGACCUCUCCGCCGAUGACAAGCAAGUCCGCCGCCAGAUUGGCUAUGAGGCCCGUCGCCCGCUCACUCGUUCGUCUAUCAAACCCCGUCUUCUGUUCCAAGCAGAGAUCAAAGAGCGCAACCGCGCAAACGGUGUUGAGACCGACGACGAGGAGGCGACCACCGACAUCGAUGCGUCCGUCGCGACCCCGAGCCGCAAGAAGGGCAAGAACGCCGUCCCAACACCAUCGCUGCUCACAUCGCCGCCACCUACGACCCGCAAGCUCAAGAAGGAGAUCUCGUUUGAUUCAUGGUCGCGUGUCAAGUCAGCGCACAGCUCCAGCAGCAGCUCCACCAAGACAUCCAAGAAGCGCAGCGGUGAGCCGCUCGAGCGCGAAGCAGCAGACAAGCGGGCUCGCAGUGAGCACUCCACCUCAUCCAUGUCAAUUGACAACAUCUAA